CGGGUGACAAUGUUUUUUUAAGGAGGCGUCUCAGGGUAAGAAGCACACAUCAAGCUAUUUUAAGCUGGCUGAAGCGAAGACUUGCAUACCUUGUCUACAUACGGUUGAGUGAGGCCUCCGUCACAGAACAGGUCUAGUCGCAUCCAUCGUGAUGUAUUAACUUUGACCGACUUGCUUCUGACCAUCCGCUCAGUAACGACCUGUUGAUAGCACCAUGGCUCUACAGGACUUCCUUCCCAGCGAUGUUCCCAUGACAUGGAUCCUUCUGGCGCUGCUGGCAGUUCUCUUUUACCUGUAUGCAGUGCAUCCCUUAUGGACCUUCAAGAGGAUGGGUAUCCCUGGACCCACCCCUCUACCCUUUUUCGGGAACUUGCUGUCAUGGUUUAAAGACGGAAUCUGGAAUAUAGAAGUGAACAGACAACGAGUGGAAAAAUAUGGUAAAGUGUAUGGGUUCUUCUUUGGGCGUAUGCCAAUCCUCAUCGUAUCCGACCGAGAGAUGCUCAGAGAGAUAUUUGUGAAAAAAUUCCAUGCUCUCACCAACCGCACUGGCAAAGAAAUGUUGCUGGAUACAAGACCCAGCGGCAGGAUGCUGACCAAUCUAAGGGACGAAGACUGGAAGGAAGUGCGCAGCACCUUAAGGCCAGCUUUCAGCGGGGGCAAACUGAAGAUGAUGGGACCAGCGAUAAACACCUGUGCUGACCAGCUUGUGCAGAACAUUGCGAAGUUUGCAGAAACAGGAGAGUCCUUUGACACCAGGGAACUGACAGGUGCCUUUACUAUGGACGUCAUCGCCAGGACUGCCUUCGGUACCGAGAUCGACUCCCAACGCAACCCACAGGACCCCUUUGUUCUGAUGGGCAAGAAGGCUUUUAAUGUCAGCAUCAAGAACCCAUUGGUUCUUUUGUACUUUGUCUUCCCCUCCGUCAUGAAACCGAUCCUGGAGUGGCUAAACAUGGAUCUCUUUCCAAGUGAUGCCACCCGCUUCUUCUACGGUAUUUUUGAUCAGCUGAUUGCGCUUAGACAGAAGAGCAAUGAGAAGGGACGGGUUGACUUCAUGCAACUGAUGAUGGAUGCUCACAAGGAUACAGAAGAGGAAGCAGAGGAGGGCGUCAAGUCGCACGGGCAGAAACGUGCUCUAACCAGAGAUGACGUUGUUGCCAAUGGAUUCCUCUUCUUUGUUGCUGGUUAUGAGACAACUGCGAGUACAAUGGCCUUUGUGUUGUACAACUUUGCACUCAAUCAAGAAGAGCAGAAGAAGGCCAGGAAAGAGAUCAAAAAGAUUAUGGAAGACAGGGACCUGGUUGACUACGAGGCAGUGCAUGAGAUGUCCUACUUGGAGAUGUGUUGUAUGGAGACCCUGCGCAUGUACCCUCCUGUAGCAGAUAUUGGCCGGAUUGUCGAUGAGGAGGUCAAGAUCCAGUGGCUGACCAUUCCCAAGGACAUGUUUGUGAUGGUACAAGUCCUCGCUAUCCACUACGAUCCCGAACGCUGGCCGGAACCCAUGAAGUUCAUCCCUGAAAGGUUCACCAAAGAGGCGCGGGAGAAGCGGGAUCCGUACGACUGGCUCCCGUUCGGGGCGGGGCCGAGGACCUGCAUCGGAAUGAGGCUGGCGAUGAUGGAACUGAAGGUCGGAGUGGCCAAGAUCCUGAUGGAGUACCACAUCACAACUGCGCCUGAUACUGAUAUCCCUCUAAAGAUGAAGAAGGGCAACCAGUUUCCAACUCCGGAAAAUGGCGUUCGUCUGAAAGUGGAGCUGCUGAAUCAAGACGAGAACUGAUCGACAGAGAGGUCCUUCAGAGUCAACGUCAUCAAAGUCAACAAGAACACUUGAAUACAUGCUAAGGCCUCAACAGUUUGAUGCGUUGGCACUCAGAUUUUUGUAGACAUUCAAUAAAGUGAGGAGGCAAAAUAAACAGGGCUAGGCAUCAUGUGGUAGCCCCAAACACUGCCAUAGAAGGCUCGCAAAGUCAACAUACUAGACUGGGGUUGAACCUUAAUGAUACAUUGUUUGGUGCAAAUCAUAAUGAAAUGAAUCAGGUAAAUCUAAAACUGAAGAAAUAAAAUUUGUGUGGUCUAAUGCAUAGUGUGUGAGAGAGCUUAUGGCGUCAAAAUCUUUACAUGUAAAAGAACCCACCACACUUAUCGAGAGGAAUAGGGUGACCUGGUGUGUUUGGCUAAAUCCACAAGCCAUUACAAAGCCACAUUGCACUAGUAGCUACUUGAAAAAGCAUCAUGCUUCACCUUAGUUCAAGAUGACAAAAUAAGGGAUAAGGACAAGUAGGGUAAUGUCCUUGGUGCUGAACGUGUUAUCAUGAACAUACAUGACUAUUUUGUUACACAUUCAGCUGGAAUAAGUUCAAAAUUCAAAUACUACCGACAAAAGGUGACUGAUGAUGACUUCAUUGUGGCUUUCAUGUUCUUUUACAUAGUGUGUAAUCAGCCAUUUUGAUUGUAGCCAGACUGCAAAAUUGAAUAGCGUAGAAUAACAUAGUUUGUGCAUUCUAUGAUAAGCUAUGUUCAGCAUAGCCAACAUGCUUGUAUACUAUUCGAUGUAAUACUUUCUGAAUUUAGUGUAGUGUAUAGCCAAGGAGGUUUCUCUUUUUAAACCUCCUUGGUAUAGCCAGUACCACAUCUUUUUCUUACAUGAUUAUAUGUUUGUAAACGCGUGUGUUAUUUGCUUUUGGUCUGUAGAAAUAGUCCUGUGUGUAACAUGUGGUAUGAUUGUUUGUAACCAGGUUAUGAUUAAAACUUUCAAAACAAAUUAAUAAAGGGUCUGAUUUGCACUAUCCAUACGAAAAUGUCAUAAU